UCUUUUAUAAAAAUCGAACCCAAACUCUGAAUAACGACGAGAUGACUCUCACUGAAAACGGACAUUAUCGCAAAAGCCAAAAUGGACCAGAAGAAAUUGGACAAAGAAAAAGAAAAAAAGCUUGACAUUAAUAAAGAAAAGUAAUGUUACGGUCCAAACUUUGGGUUAAUAAUGUUACAUGAUAAUGGAAUCAUCGUUGCAUUACAAAAAGUGAACAUGAAAAAUGGGCUGAAAAGAAGCAACGGCUAUAUUGUGUGUAGCAGUAGUCUUUUUUUUUUUUUUUCUUAAAAAAUUGUUUCUUCAUGGUUCUUUGGUGCUCUUCUUAUUUGUUAUUCUAACGUGUGGAUGUGACCUAGGAGAUUCAUUUAUAUUUAUCUCCUUCAGGUCUGCAAGCCUCUAAUUGCACUCCAAGGAUCAGGCCCCAGAAGCAAAAAGGCCCAUAUUAAGAUGAUUGAGCAAUGGCUGGUAGAGGAUUGUUUUGUCUUUUGUGUGAAAAUACUGGGUCUGCUAUACUGACCAUUGCAAAUAAAAUGGCAGAAUGAGUAGUGGGUCUGCGGCAGCAGUUGAAGCUAGUGUGGUACAGAUAAGUUCAAGCAACUGUGAGCUUGCUCAGCAAGAAGAGGCCUCAUUUGAGCCAAACAAUGUAGAAUGUUGUGCACAAAGGAUGAAGUCACUUCGAGCCAGAUAUAUUUAUGGCAUCAUUUUUCUCAUAACUAAUCUUAUUGCCUGGUUCAUUCGUGAUUAUGGGCAAAGUGUUUUCCCUCCACUGUAUUAUAAAAAAGCUUGUGGAAUCAGUGGAAGUGAUUGUUUUCACGCAAUGGGAGUUCUCCGUGUGAGUUUAGGAUGUUUUAUUUUUUUCUUUCUCAUGUUUCUUACCACAUUUACUGCAAGAAAAUUAUACCAAGCCUUCAGUAAAUGGCACUCGGAAUGGUGGGCACUGAAGUUUUUCCUAUUGGUUGUAUCAAUGGUGGUUCCAUUCUUCCUCCCUCCAGAAUUUAUUCAGAUAUAUGGAGAAGUUGCUCGCAUUGGUGCAGGGAUUUUUCUCCUUCUGCAACUUAUAAGUGUGAUUGAGUUUAUCAGAUGGUGGAAUAAACGCUGGGCAACUGAUGAGCAAAGUAAACAAAGCUGCUCCAUUGCAUUAUUUACCUCAACAGUUUUUUAUGUUGCUUCCAUCUGUGGAAUUGUGUCCAUGUACUAUUUUUAUGCCCCAAGACCAGCAUGUUCUCUCAACAUAUUCUUCAUUACAUGGACUGCCGUUCUGCUUAUAGUGAUGAUGGCUAUGUCCUUGCAUUCAAAGGUUAAUAGGGGUCUUUUAUCUUCAGGAAUUAUGGCUUCAUAUGUUGUUUUCCUCUGUUGGUCUGCUAUUAGAAGUGAACCAGCUGAUGAAAAAUGCAACAUACAAAAGCCUAAUGAUCGACAUGGUGAUUGGACCACCAUACUUGUAAGAGUUGGAAAUUCCUUUUCCAAACUUAGACAAGUAGAUAUUUUCUGCAAUUAUAAUCUUGUAUUUUAUACUUUUCAGCCCAAACAUAACAAAGUUGGGUUCCUGAUAGCAAUAGGUGCCAUUGUCAUGGCAACCUUUUCGACAGGGAUUGAUUCGAAAUCAUUUCAGUUUCGCAAAGAUGAGGUGAAACUAGAGGAUGAUAUCCGUUAUAACUAUGGAUUUUUCCACAUGAUAUUCUCCUUGGGUGCCAUGUAUUUUGCAAUGUUGUUCAUCAGUUGGAACCUGGAAGACUCAGCAAGGAAAUGGAGCAUUGAUGUUGGCUGGACAAGUACAUGGGUGAAAAUCAUCAACGAGUGGUUUGCAGCCACGAUAUACAUGUGGAAGUUGAUUGCCCCUGUUGUGAAGCAACCUAAGGUCGAGAACAAUGAGGAGUCUGUGCAGCAGAUAAGCAUAUAACUCAACCUUGCCGGUACUUUGUUUUGCAAUUAAGAUUGUAUCACAUCUCCAUUGUUGUAUUUCUUCAUUCUUUCCAUUUUUUUCUCCGCUAGUUGUUCUUGUCGGAUUCAAGCUUUGAGCUAUGUAAAACACGAGAAAGAAUUCAGAAAUCUAGCAUGAUUAUAUCAAGAAUGAGAGCUUUGAAUUGAUUAACGACAUAAUAUCUUUGUUGAGCCAUUUGCAAAUAAAGCAAAGAUAGAAUUGCUCUUUAGUAUCCUUGGUCAAAGCUCGUAGCCAUCAAAUGCUUGCGUCCCACCAACUCACUGCAUAUGGUUUGUACUAAAAAAUAAAAGAAUUAAUGCAGAAGAGCAAUGGUUAAAGCAGAAUGAUUUACAUUUCGAAAUCAGAAUAAAUCAACAGCUUCGCCACCAAUUUAAAAUCUAUAGUAACUCCACCCAAGCUAAUAUUUCUACAUUAUGAUCCAAGUCUGCUGUCUACUAGGAGACUCAUUGGAGAUCUUCACCCUUGGUUUUCAAGAUGUUAAAUGGAUUAUAGAUUUCUGUGGCAUAUGCUAGAUCGGGACCGCGUUUGUCAGUGACUGGUGGAACUGGUAAGUUGAAGAAUGUACGUGGCUUUGCUGAAGCAACGGUCAGCAUUUCAUUGAUGGUGCAGUGACAUUGCUGAGAAUUGUAGUCCAUAUAACCUACUGAAAGUGUUUUGGAGAGUAUAUUCCCUGUCGAAUUCUUGCUGGCAUGGUUUGUACUUCCUUUUAUCUAACAAGAUAUUUCCAUUCACAAAUACCUUGGAUGUUUGUCACCCAAAAGAAAUACGUUUUGCUGGAAAUCCAUAAUGGAAUUAUGAUAAUUUAUGUUUGCUAUCUAACGCUGCUUCUAUGGAAUAUAAGGAAUCAGAUGACUACACCAAGUAAAGAAGAAAUCUUAAGCAUCCUCUAUGCUUGGAGUUACAAAUCUUUUUGGUACAAAGAAGGUAGCAGUUAGAGAAUAAAGGACGUUGUAGGCAUUGAGAUUGGAACCUCAAAUCUAGUAGAUCUCACUUUUUAAGGUGGGUACAUAAACAUCGAAGGGAAGACUUCACUUCUUAUUAACUGCCAAUGAUUGAUAGAAAAAUUUUACUUCUUAAUGGACUUAGUUAUGGUAAAUAAGAGUUUUCCAUCUGUUCAAGUCUCUAAGCAUAUCCUAUAGAAACAGGGUCCAACUUAAUAAGUCUGGUGAACUAUUGUGUUCUCCAUUUGCUCAGCUACAGCUAACAACUCCACUCUGUAGGACCUUCUAAUUUCCACCAAAUCCAUGAGAUGAAAGAUGAUGCAGGCUAAAAUCCUGCAAUCCUCAAUUAAAUUAUAUGCAGUUGGAUCCGACAACCUAUUAUCAUGAUUGUUCAUAAAAUUGGGGUCCUCAAUUGACUGUAAAAAGCUAGGAAUUGCCUGAAGGAAACUACCAAAAGCCAGGUUGCCAUGACUCGAGGUGCCUCAGGGCAAUACAUGCAUGAUUGACACUCGUACCAAAAUUUGAAGUUCAUAAGUCAAAGUCUAAAAGAGAUUGCUCUUUGGCACUUCAAUGGCUAUAUGUUUAUCUACAGAACCAAUUAUUAGUAGCAACGAAACACCAAAAAGUUUUUCUUUCAACUUAAAACAGUCAUUGGUGUGUUCUGGUGGCAUAGUGCUACACUUUAUUUAAGCAAGAAAAUUAACCACUCACCAAAAUGUUAAAAAUGAUUUGGUUGAAUGAAUCAAAAGCAGGCAAUGUCCAAGACUGCUGCAGGGGUUUGGGGAUGAUUACGAUUCAUCCUUCAUUUUGAUUGAUGUAUCUUCUGUAUUUCUUCCUUAUCAAUAAAAUUCCUUCUUAGUAAUAAUAAGAACCGAAAGAGCUUCUCUCAAAAUGAUAAAACUAAACAUGGAAAGAAAGUGUCCUGAUUCUUUGUGGCAGUUGAAGAAGAGGUGAGAGAACGAAAAUGAAGGGUUGACCGGUCCAAAUGGAAGUCAAACAAAGAAUUUGCUUAUGCUGUUCAAUAUCAAUGUGUCUUCAAUCAAUAUAGGAGUGUAAACCAGAAAAUAACGUUUAACAAAGAGUUUGUGAACAAACUUGAUUUAACGUGGCACUGUAAAUAAGGAGAACAUUUAGCGAAUAGAUCAUAAAAAUAUUUAGUUUUUGUUCAUUUAUUUAACUUAAAAGAUGAUCACCAACAAUAUUUUAGAGUUCAUUAAUUAAAUGAACAUAUCAUG